AUGGAAGAUUCAAGGCAUAGUAUAGCAAAUCCAGGUAUUAAAUCACCAAAUCGUAGUUCAGAUGAAGUAACAAAAAAUUUAAAUGUUGUUAAAUUGGGUAAUGAUGAAAAUGUAAAAGUAUCUCGAAUUCAAUUAGCAGCAAAACAGAGAAUUAACAGUUUUGAUGGUGAAUUAAAAACACCAUUAAUGCAAAAAGCAAUUGAAAAGAUGUAUUCAAGACUCCAUAACAGUCGAAUUGAGGGUAGUGGUAUUCGUGUAACGCGUCUACAUUCAAAACCAUCAACACUAAAUUACCAAUCUUCAAUAAACAAUCCAUCUCCAUCUAUCAUUGGGACUACUAUUCAUUUAGACAAUCAUGAUGGCAUUAAACCAUUGUCAAAUGUCUCUACAGUUGACAAAGAGAAAUCAUCUCUACAAUCAGUUCGUCGAGAUAUGAAAAUAAGUGAACAUCGUUCUUCAGAAAUGGAAACAAUUGAAAUGUCGCGAAUCAACUCAAUAUCCAAACCAAUAAAUGCAGAGGCUGCUAGAAAAUCUUCAACAUCAUCCUCUGUCGUGCGUGUCGAACGUUUAAAGGCAACAAAUAAAAAGAUGAAAUCAAAAAAUCUCAAGCCUGUUGUUGAAGAAACUGGCAAUUAG